ACACACACACACACACACACACACACACACACACACACGAUACAGGUCGCAAUGGAGGAAGAGUUAAAAUGUCCAGUGUGCGGUUCUCUGUUCAAGGAGCCCAUUUUGCUGCCUUGCUCCCACAACGUUUGUCUGGCGUGCGCACGGAGCAUCAGCGUGCACACCCCGGAUGGCGAGCCCCCGGUGCAGCAGAGCCGAGCCUCGGCCAGCUCGGACUACGACUACCUGCUGGACGUGGACAAGAUGAGCCUGUACAGCGAGACGGACAGCGGCUACGGCUCCUACACGCCGUGUCAGCUCAAGUCGCCCAACGGUGUCCGGGUGUUCCCCUCCUCCUCCUCCGCCGCGCAGCGCCUCUGCUCGCUCACCUGCCCGCUGUGCCACCGCAGCGUCUCGUUGGACGAGCGCGGACUCCGCGGCUUGCCUCGGAACCGGCUCCUGGAAGCGAUCGUGGCGCGGUAUCAGCAGCACCGAGCCGCCUCCGCAGCCGCCUCUUCCUCCGGGGCGCCCAAGUGUCAGCUGUGUGACCGCAACCCGGUGGACGCCGCAGUCAUGUGCGAGCAAUGCGACGUCUUUUACUGCAACGCCUGCCAGCAGCGGUGCCAUCCGUCCCGCGGUCCGCUCGCCAAGCACCGCCUCGUAGCGCCGUCUGGAUCCCAGCAACAGCCGGGUCAGGCGGCCACCGGUCAGCCGCCGGCCACCCCUCGCAAGCCGGCGACGUGCGUGGAGCACGAGGCGGAAAACUUCGUCAUGUUCUGCUGCAGCUGCAGAGCUCCGGUGUGCACCAAGUGCAUGGAGGAGGGAAGGCACGCUAAACACGACGUCAAGCCGCUGGCCCUCAUGUGGAAGCAACACAAAUGUCAGCUCUCGCAGGCCCUUAAUGGUGUUUCAGACAAAGCCAAAGACGCCAAAGAGUUCCUGGUCCAGCUCAAGAACAUGCUGCAGCAGAUUCAGGAGAGCGGCGUGGAGUUCGAGGCUUGCCUGGUGGCUCAGUGCGACUCGCUGAUCGAGGCGCUGACGCGGCAGAAAGCCAAACUUCUCACCAAAGUCACCAAGGAGAAGGAGUACAAACUCAAGGUGGCGCGCGACCAGAUCACCCACUGCACCAUGAAGCUGCGCCAGACCACGGGCAUGAUGGAGUACUGUCUGGAGGUGCUAAAGGAGAACGACCCAAGUGGUUUCCUACAGAUCUCAGACGCCCUCAUUAAACGGGUAACGUCGUCUCAGGACCAGUGGGUCAAAGGUAACUUGGAAGCCAAGGUUGGCCCCGAAUUCCACCUGACCCUAAACACAGACUCACUGCUCCAGACCAUCCUGCAGCUGGACUUCUGCCAAGGCAAAGGAAAACGUUUGGACACCCCUGCAUUAAGAGUAACGGUGGACACCUCUAUGGAUGUGCAGAAGAACCCCUUAUUGAAACAAAUGCAGCAGGCAGCAGCAGGCAGUGGUGAGGCUGACACCGUGACAGAAAGUCCAGGAGUGGAGACCGGACCCUCGGUUCCGCCAGCCCCCCUCCUGCAACUGGAAAAGUGCUGCAGCAGGAACAACAGUGCCACCCUGGCCUGGAGGGUAACUGCACUCCAAGCAAACCCAAUUGAGGGCUACAUUCUGGAGCUGGACGAUGGCAACGGGGGACAGUACAGGGAGGUUUACGUCGGGAAGGAGACAGUGUGCACGGUGGAUGGACUCCACUUCAACAGCUCCUACAACACCAGAGUGAAGGCCUACAACGCCGUUGGAGUGGGGCCGUACAGCAAGACCGUGGUGCUCAGGACAUCUGAUGUGGCUUGGUUCACCUUUGAUCCCACCUCAGCUCACCGGGACAUUGUGCUGUCCAACGAGAAUCAAACGGUGUCGUGUAACAGCUAUGAUGAUCGCGUCGUGCUGGGGACCGCUGCCUUCUCCAAGGGCGUCCACUACUGGGAGGUUUGUAUCGACCGCUACGACAACCACCCGGAUCCCGCCUUUGGCAUCGCCAGGAUCAACACUGUGAAGGACAUGAUGCUGGGCAAAGACGACAAGGCCUGGGCCAUGUAUGUGGACAACAACCGCUCCUGGUUCAUGCACAACAACUCGCAUACAAACAGGGCAGAGGGAGGCAUCACUAAGGGCUCAACCGUGGGCGUCCUUCUGGACCUGACCAAGCACAUGCUGACGUUCUUCGUCAACAAGGAACAACACGGACCGACCGCCUUCGAGAGCCUGGAAGGGGUCUUCAUGCCAGCUGUCAGCCUCAACCGAAACGUGCAGGUGACCUUAUCAACAGGUCUGGAGUUGCCGAAGAACCGCAAACAAUAGGCAACUGAUGCCUCCGGUUUCCCUCAAAGUUCCCCUCAGUGUGUCUGCUCCGUCAUUUAGGUGUCAGCAACUUCCUCAAAGAAAUUCAUGUUGAUUUAUCAUCAGAGCGACUAGCAGAACCACACAGGAAGACAGCAGACUCUCCUAUUGUCAAGAGUUAAGCGGCGACUCAGGUUGAUUCAGCCAUGAAAUAUUUAGUUUGGCUACGAAAGUGUCAUGUCCGCUGUCGUACGCCAAGCAAGCAGAAAGACCGUUCAGUUUGAGCUUGAUUCUGUUUUUUCAGUCACAAAGCAGCUGCUUGGCACAAACAUUUUUCACAGGUUUUGUCAGUAGUGACCUUUGUUUACUUUACUCCAUAGCCGAUGUCUUUCAGACAACUCCCAACUGACAGUUUAAGGGACAGUUUCAACAUUUUGGAAGAAGCUUGACGGUAAGUUUAACUUCGUUUAGCGCAAUGAUGAUGGAUGACUUGCAUAUUCAAUUUAAACUUUGUUUAUUGUUUGCCCCAGCCUGACUCGCUAUCGAUUGUCCAUUAGCAAAACUAGGUAUUAUGAGUUACCACAGUCGUCCCUUGUUUAUCACGGUGGAUCGGGACUGGACAUGACUGCAAUAAAUGAAAUUCCGCGAAGUCUGAUUAUUUUAAAUAUAUCUAAUAUUUUCAUAGUUUAAGCAUCAGAAAAAGUUAAUGACCUUCUAAUUAUUUUUUUUAACAUUAAUAGUGCCAAAAAAAAAAAAAAAAAAAAAGUGCCCUGUAAACAUUAAAUAACACCCAUAUAGUAAACUAAUUUCACCAAACAUAGGAGCCUUGAGUGUGUUUUACUGUAGAUUACAAUAUUUACCGGUAGCCCGGAGGAUCCUCCAAGCUUCAUUGCUGAUAGUUGAUAGUCCUGCACUGACUGGAGUUCAAAAAGAAGUCCAUCAAAAGUUGUUCUGCAAAAAGUUAACUCGAGAUUGUUGUGGUGAAGAUACAAUAGUGCCAAAAUUAACCAUCUAUUGUUUUGUUACAGUGUAACACUUCAUCUGGCAACGGAACUUGGCAUAGUGAAAAUCUUCACAACAUCGCCACAACAUAAAAAAUAAAUCUGUGAUGUUGUGAAGAUUCGAACUGCAAUAAAGCGAGGGACGACUGUACUUCUCGUCAGCCAGGUUUGAAAAUCUGCAUACAACGCAGUCUGUAGUUUGCUGCAAUGCUCCGCUUUCUUGCUGCCCUCAGUCUCCUCUACAGUAUCAGUUUGUUGCCCUGCCCUAGUACAUAGAAGAUAUCGUCCUCCUCUGUUGUUAUAGUUUGCUAGUGUGGCUUGAUUGAUUGAUUGCGUUAAAUCGGCCUAAUUAUUUAAACAUUUACAUUUUAAAAGUAAAAUAAAAUAUCAGCAAACAAAUCUGUGUUUAAGAGAAGUAAGAGGGUUUGGCAUCUCAAAAAUAAUCUAAAAUGUCUUCACUGUGAGGGGGUAAAGAAAAAAAGGAACCAUGCUUUUUGUUGUCUCUAGACAAAAAGUGAAUAUUUUAUGCGCAACGUCUAGAAGGAGAGUGAGCUUUUCUUUUAUAGCGCUCUCAUCUUUUAGUUUCUCCGCAGUGAUGCCUUUAACCAAUGAAAGUGGCAUCUGCCAUGCUGCUACAAACGAUCACUGUGACCAACUUAGCCCGUCAUCAAGAUUAAUUUGGCCAUCAUCCAACACGUUGACACAGAGUUACCAUCUGACAAAGGAAAUCCCAAUUACAACAGCUUUAACUGCAUUUCAUGUUGGAUGUUAUCAUGGUGCACUAUAUAGCCAGUUGAAGUCUUUCAAAACAGGAGGUGGUCUUGUGUGUUGAAUACAAUGUAAAUAGUUAAAAAAAAAAAAAGAGAUGUGAUGCAGAGCAUGAAGCGGGCAUCAACUAGGUUUACAAGAACAUAUCUUUUCAAGAUGCAUUGUAAAUACUCUGCAUUAUUAUAUUGUCGAUUGCUCCCAACUGCUGUGAAAACCUGUUCUCUGCUGUCUGAGGGAGGAAUUACAACUCCUGCUUGAGUCAGGAAUCUAAAGAUGUGAAAGCCAUUAUAGUCUGACAUAUACCAAUAUAUAUUUGCUUUUUAGCCUUCAUUUACAGUAACCUUUUAAUCAGUCCUUCUUAAUGUUGCGAAAGGCAUAAUAAAUAAAUAAUAUGGAGGUCAGUUGUUCUAACUUGAAUAUAUGUGUUAUGUUUUCUUAUUGGAUAUACUUUCACUUUCUUCUUACUUUACCUAAAUCUUGUGUGAAUAGAAGAAAUUGAAUGUAUGUUUGUAAAAACUAUGGGUAACACUUUAGUAUGGGGAACAUAUUCACCAUUAAUUAGUUGCUUAUUAAAGUAACACAUACUUAAUUUAGAGUUAUUUAGACACUUGGGGAACAUAUAAGAGUUAGGGUUAUGGUUAGGGUUACUAAUAAGCAAUACUUCUGACGUUAUUGAGGGAAGACUCUUAGUUAAUGGCUUACUGGUUGUAUAAUAAGGUCAUGCAGAAUAAGGCAUUAAUAAGUACUUAAUAAUGACUAAUUAAGAGCCAAUAUGUUACUAAUUUGCAUGAUGAUAAGCAACUAAUUAAUGGUGAAUAUUUGUUCCCCAUACUAAAGUGUUACCAAACUAUGAUUUAAUAGGCCUAAUAAAAAAGCCACAAAAAUCAGUUUUGAGAGUAACUUUACACAGAAAACAAACAGGUGGACAAAAGUAUUGAGACACAUGCACUUUCGCUUUCUGAGGGUAACAUGCGUCCAAAUAUCUGUGCCCAUGCAGUGUAUCAUUUGACGGACAGUGUGGGUUCCCUCCGGGUACCCCGGCUUCCUCCCGCCUCCAAAGACAUGCACUUGGGGAUAGGUUGAUUGGCAACACUAAAUGGUCCCUAGUGUGUGAAUGUGAGUGUGAAUGUUGUCUGUCUAUCUGUGUUGGCCCUGCGACGAGGUGGCGACUUGUCCAGGGUGUACCCCGCCUUCCGCUCAAGUGCAGCUGGGAUAGGCUCCAGCUCCCCGCUACCCCGAGAGGGACAAGUGGUAGAAAAAGGAUGCAUGGAUGGGCUGAACAGUGUGCUCUCGGCCGCCAGAAACCACCUCCAUUCAAGGGCUUACUGCAUAAUGUCUCAAAACAAGCUCCAACUCAAGAACAGCCCAUGAUGCGUUGAUUUCAGUUUUCACUGUGCGGCGGCUGUGCGGAUGUUACAUAAUAACGUAUAGAGAGCCAUUGUGCAGCAUGUCCUUCGACCUCACACCCGCCCGCCUGUGAAUGUCUUAAAACUUUACAUAUAUGUAUUAUUUACGUAAUGGUGCUUGGGGUGGGAAAACGGUGCAUGUCACUGCUACUUAACUUUAAAAGUAAUUGAUUUAGUAAGUAUGUACUGUAUAUAUAUUUAUGAAUAACAGGUUCAUUUUUGAGUUUGCCCUGUUCUUUUUGUCGAGUGUUAUAAAGUUGCUGCUGUUGAUUCUGUGGACUUUCUCUAAAAGGAUUUUAAUGUUUAACCAAGUGAUGUAUAUAAGGAGCUAGCAUUUAUUUUAUGUCAUUCUUUAAACAAUCCCCUCCCCUCAUUCAGCCCUUCUCCCUUCUUGCCAAGCUGUGAAUGUUUUGUACGACUACAUGGUUUGUAUAUGAGCAUCAUUUAAUGUACAAAGACACUGCACACACACACACACACACACACACACACACACACACACACACACACACACACACACACACACACACACACACACACACACACACACACACACACACACACACACACACACACACACACACACACACACACACACACGCAAGCGCACGCACGAAUGCACAAAUACACACACACACA